UUGUUUUGGUACCCAGUGCUUGAAAAAUAAUCUACAUGUGCUUUUGAGGUAUCAUAAUAAAUCUGCGGGAGUCAGAUAGGCAAAUUGAAUGGAGAAAUCGAGUGGGAAAUUACGCUCACUUGUCAGUAAACUUGUGGAAUGUUUUAGUUCUAUCCAACAAAGACGUGAUAAACCCCAAUCAGAAUGUAUAUUGUGAUGCAAUAAUCAUAUUUUAUUCAGCGUUCUGAAUAGCCUAGUUAACAUCAGAUAGCCAGCUCAGCUGUCAAACUAACGUACGGUAGCGUCGCGAUGGAUUCAUAAUUUCAUCAUCUGAAUGCUUCAUGUUAUUCUAUGAUGUAUCGUAUGCUACUGUUGAGGAGGCUGUUUGCUGCCACUUUUCUUUUCCCUUUCUCACAGGUCAAAAGCAAGUCAUAUCUAACUACUGAAAAAGAGAUGACGGACAGGAUGGAAAGGCUUGAACAAGAGAAGAAGGAGAUACUCCAAAAGGUCGCUGAACUGCAGCAACAGGGUGAAGAACUUAAAGAAAAGCAAAAGCAAUCUGAGAAAUCUGCCACUUCAUCUCUGGAGAAGAUCCAGGAACUGGAGAAUAUUGUGCAAGAGAUGGAGAGUCAAAAUGAGCGCCUGGACAAGGAAAAUAACUUACUCGCCAGAUCCUUUGACGAUGAGCGAGCCAAUACUGCGAAACAUGAAGAUGUGAUGUCUGAAAUGGACAAAACCAUUGAGAAGUUGAAGCGCAGCAGGAAGAAGACCCAGGACGCACUCUCAAAGGCUACCAUUCUGAUGGAUGAAGCCAAGCUCCGUGAAGAUGCCCAGAAAGUCCAGCGCCAGGUUCUGGAGAAGGAUAUUGCCACCCUGAAGGAGGAGAACCUCUCACUGCACCAUGCUGCCAAGUUGUGGGAGGAGAAGCACAGGGAGAUGAGCGAGCAGAUCAAAGUCUACCAGAAGUCCCAGAAAGACCUGGAGGAUUCCCUCGUUCAGAAGGACCACAACGUUGAGGUUUUGUCUGACCUGCUAGGAGACCUGGAGGCCUGCGAUGACCUGAAAGAUGGAGUUGUGGCUAACGGGGAAGCUUCUAAUGACAAGCAGACCGUCAUCCAAAACCGCAUUAAGCAAAUGAUGGACGUCUCUCGGGUCCAGACCACUCUGUCUGUCGUGGAGGAAGAGCGCGAUCGCUUCAUGACCAAGCUGCUGAACAAAGAGAAGGCCAUGAAAGAGCUGGAAGAACAAUAUCAGCAGCUGGAGCAUGACAUCUUGUUGGUGAAAAGUGACAGGAACCACCUGGAGAACCAGUACAACACCCUGCAGCAGAAGAACGAGAUCAUGACCGAGAUGUACCAGCAGAAGGAGAAUGCUUUGCAGCAGAAGCUGACCAAGGAGGAGUUUGAGCGCCGCAACAAGAAAGACAUGCUGACGGAGGUGGACGGGAAGGCCCUAGAGGCCGAGGAGGAGGUCAAGGUGUAUAGGCAGCGCAUCAAAGAGAUCCAGGACGAGCUGAAACGGACCGAGAAGUCCUACAAAGCCCAGAUGAUUGAGCAGGAGCAAAAAUCCCACGAGAGCUGGGUGAUUGCACGUGCUGCUGAGCGAGCUCUGUUGGACGAGAAGAAGGAAAGAACUAACCUUCGUAACAAGUGAGUGCAACACUAAUACAACAGACUCAAUUGGGCUAUACCAAUGCAGGGCUCUAGGCUUAUUCAGUUGAUGGCACCAGCA